AUACACCCAAUAAAUUUUCAUCUUUGGUGGUUUUUUAGAAUGAGUACCAUUUUCAUUCACAUUUUAUGACCGAAACAUGACUCUGAUACACCUAACUCCGUUCAAAUGCGGCGGAGUGAGCUUAGGUUUUGCAAACGAGCACCAUCUCUCCGAUGGGACCUCCGGCCAACAUUUCAACAAGUUAUGGGGUGAGAUCGCUCGCGGCCUAACCCCCUCCGUCCCUGCUUUCCUCGACCGUCCCCCACCCACCUCCCUCCCCCUCUCCCACACCACUUUCUCCAUUUUCAAGCUCACCCUUGACCAAAUCAACUCCCUCAAACAAAAAUGCAACCACAACAUUUACAUAAACAACAACAACAACAAUUCGAAAUUUACAACGUACGAGGUUGUUACAGGACAUGUGUGGCGCUGCGUGAGCGCCGCACGUGGGCUACCUGGGGACCAGGAGACCAUGCUGCAGCUCCCCGUGGACGCUCGCACGAGGCUGCAGCCGAACCUCCCACCGGGAUACCUAGGCAACGCGAUCUUCUACACCGACGCGAUGUCCCUGUGCGGGGAGCUGGUGACGGAGCCCUUGGCGUUCGCGGUGGGGAGAGUGCACGACGCGAUCGCGCGGAUGGACGACGAGUAUUUGAGGUCGGCUGUCGACUACAUGGAGCUGCAUCGCGAUGCCAUCGUGGGCACUGCGGUCACUCGCGAAUGCCCCAACGUCGGGAUCACGAGCUGGCUGCGCUUCCCGUUUUACGAAGUGGAUUUCGGCGUGGCUACUUUUGAAGGGAAGGGCUAUCUGUAUUCUGAUCCGGAAAAUGAAGGGGGCAUCUAUAUUGCGAUAACGCUGGGUGAAAAACAUAUGAAGAGGUUUGCAAAGUUUCUCUAUGAUGAGUGUAGCAUAGCUCAAGCCAUGAAUGGUGAGCACAAGUUUGCAAGGCGACAAAACCAAGUACAAAAUCUAUCCGAUCUAGCAAACUCCCUUAGUGCUACUAGAAAAUUGACUUUUUAUGGCACUUCAAAAUGCCACAAGAAUUAUGUUAACGUUACACUUUACCUAUAA